CGCGCUUCCGCGUUGGGGAAGUAGACGGCGGAUCCCGGCACUUGAAAACCCUGGGUCCGGGCAGCGGGGCUGCCCGCGGGCCCAGGGCGGGAUGCAUCGCCGCGGGGUGGGAGCUGGCGCCAUCGCCAAGAAGAAGCUUGCCGAGGCCAAGUAUAAAGAGCGAGGGACUGUCUUGGCUGAGGACCAGCUGGCACAGAUGUCAAAGCAGUUAGACAUGUUCAAGACCAACCUGGAAGAAUUUGCCAGCAAACACAAGCAGGAGAUCCGAAAGAAUCCCGAGUUCCGAGUGCAGUUCCAGGACAUGUGUGCCACCAUUGGGGUGGAUCCUCUGGCCUCUGGAAAAGGAUUUUGGUCUGAGAUGCUAGGUGUGGGAGACUUCUACUAUGAACUUGGUGUUCAGAUUAUUGAAGUGUGCCUGGCCCUGAAGCAUCGGAAUGGAGGUCUGAUAACCCUGGAGGAGUUACAUCAACAGGUGUUGAAAGGAAGAGGCAAAUUUGCCCAGGAUGUCAGCCAAGACGACCUGAUCCGAGCUAUCAAGAAAUUAAAGGCACUUGGCACUGGUUUCAGCAUUAUCCCUGUGGGUGGCACUUACCUCAUUCAAUCCGUUCCUGCUGAGCUCAAUAUGGACCAUACUGUGGUGUUGCAGCUGGCAGAGAAAAGCGGCUAUGUGACUGUCAGUGACAUCAAAGCCACUCUUAAGUGGGAGACCGAGCGAGCACGACAGGUGUUGGAACACCUACUGAAGGAAGGGCUGGCCUGGCUAGACCUACAAGCCCCAGGGGAGGCCCACUACUGGUUGCCAGCUCUCUUCACUGACCUCUACUCCCAGGAGAUAACAGCCGAUGAGGCCAGAGAAGCUCUUCCCUGAAUUUUGGAGUGCAGAAGGAUUACAGCAGCAGGCUGGGAGACAAGGGAGGAGCUGUUGGUGAAUAAAACCUGAACCUUUGUUUAAAAAAAAACAAAACAAAAAAACAGAAACAAAGUUCCAAGUA